GAGAGAGAGAGAGAGAGAGAGAGAGAGAGAGAGAGAGAGAGAGAGAGAGAGAGAUUCAUGGUUGGGUUACGUUUGGGUUUUGCUUAGAUUAUGGUUGUGGUUUUGUUCAUUUUGUGGGUGGGGGAUGGGUGUGUGUCUAAAGGCCGUAGGCUGUGGGUAUGCUGCUUCCUGGUUUUACUGUCAAUAUAGAAAACUGUGGCUUAACAACUUCUCAUCUCUCUCUCCAUUCCUCUCUCUCCAUUCCUCUCUCUCUUAUCUCCCUCCAUUCCUCUCUAUCAGAUGAAGAGGAAGUUGGACCAUGGACCAGAUGUCAGGCCUUUCCCUUCAGGCAAGAAACACUGCAAAGGCUCCAACUACCUCAGUCCCUCCAGUUUUGUUCCUUUCCAGACUACGCCCACUACCUUUGGGGACCUGCGAGCAGCUAAUGGGCAUUCAGCUCAGCGGAGACGUGUCACUUCAGGCCCACCUCCCUGUGGCCUAAAGGACUGGCUGCACACCUUCCAGGCGUGGAGUGGUCCUGAGCGUCUAUUGGCUCUGGAUGAGUUGAUUGACAGCUGUGAGUCCAAUCAGGUGAAGCACAUGAUGCAGGUUAUUGAGCCUCAGUUCCAACGAGACUUCAUCUCCCUGCUGCCCAAAGAGUUGGCCUUGUAUGUCCUGACGUUCCUGGAGGCCGGAGAUCUGAUGCAUGCUGCCCAGACCUGCUCCUACUGGAGGAUACUGGCCGAGGAUAACCUGCUGUGGAGGGAGAAGUGUAGGGAGGAGGGUAUAGAAGAACCCCUGGUUGUGAAGAGGAGGGAGACUCUAAAACCUGGGUUUCUCCACUCACCCUGGAAGAGGGCCUACGUACAACAACACCACAUAGAGAGCAACUGGAGGACUGGAGAUAUCACCUCACCUAAGCUGUUAAAAGGUCAUGAUGAUCAUGUGAUCACGUGUCUGCAGUUCUGUGGUGACCUCAUAGUCAGUGGUUCUGACGACAACACUCUCAAAGUCUGGUCUGCCCUCACUGGCAAGUGUCUGCGUACGUUAGUUGGCCAUACAGGAGGAGUGUGGUCCAGUCAGAUGAGUGGUAACAUGGUGAUCAGCGGGUCGACAGACAGGACUCUGAAGGUUUGGGACGCAGAGAGUGGAGAGUGUGUUUACACCCUGUACGGACACACCUCUACCGUACGCUGCAUACACCUGCAUGACAAACAGGUGGUGAGCGGUAGUCGUGACGCUACGUUGCGUCUGUGGGAUGUAGAUUCUGGCGAGUGUCUCCACGUCCUAACGGGUCAUGUGGCGGCGGUGCGGUGUGUCCAGUACGACGGGCGCAGGGUGGUCAGCGGUGGAUACGACUUCAUGGUCAAAGUCUGGGACCCUGAGACAGAGACCUGUCUACACACACUGCAGGGACACACUAACAGAGUCUAUUCACUACAGUUUGACGGUGUCUACGUGGUCAGUGGAUCUCUGGACACCUCCAUCAGAGUAUGGGACAUAGAGACAGGGGGGUGUGUCCACACGCUGACCGGCCACCAAUCACUGACCAGUGGUAUGGAACUAAAGAACAACAUCCUGGUCUCUGGCAACGCGGACUCUACUGUCAGGGUGUGGGAUAUACGGACAGGACAGUGUCUCCACACACUACAAGGUCCCCAUAAGCACCAGUCGGCAGUAACCUGUCUCCAGUUCUCUCGCUCCCUGGUGGUCUCUUCAUCAGAUGACGGUACAGUGAAGCUGUGGAGCCUGGCGACGGGGGAGUGGCUCAGAGACCUGGUGGCUCUGCAGAGUGGAGGAUCUGGGGGAGUGGUCUGGAGGAUCAGGGUGUCUAACACUAGACUGGUAGCGGCAGUUGGCAGCAGGAACGGGACAGAGGAGACUAAACUCAUGGUGCUGGACUUUGAUCUCACUGACAACCACAAGUGAUGUCAUCGAAGAGGGACAGGGUUUCAUCAGGAGAGGAUGUCAUGUCAUUGGAUAAGGAUGUGAAGUAAUCGAAGAGGGACCCAAUAUCCUCAUACGGGGACGGAAAACUUGUGAUGAUGAGGAAAGUGGUUAGGAGGAGGUAAGACAGAGGACAAUGUAACAAUCCCCCUAUGGAAGGACUGAGUGUCAUUGUAUCUGGAGAUGUCAAUAUACCACCAGGAGAUGACUCCAAAAUGUCCCCUCUUUCCUCACCACAACACUGGGUAACCAAACCCCCAUCUUUUCUUUCUGACCUAAAACUCUGCUUGACACUGGUAUACUGGUGAAGAGACGGUACUUUGAGUCUUCUGUGACUGGAGGAAACCAGGAGAGGACUCAUUAAGGCUAUACGACUGACUGACAGGCCUAACGGACUGACGGACUGACUGACAGGCCUACCGACCUGACGGACUGACUGACAGGCCUACCGACCUGACGGACUGACUGACAGGCCUACCGACCUGACGGACUGACUGACAGGCCUACCGACCUGACGGACUGACUGACAGGCCUACCGACCUGACGGACUGACUGACAGGCCUAC